CGGUACGAGUCUGCGCAGUAGAAGCGGAUUAGGUCAGGAGUGAGCAGUCGAUCCAUGGACACUGGAAGGCAUGCUUAAUUGACUCUUUACCUUAAAGUUUGACUGCAGCACUUCCGCAUCGAGAAACCAUGGCUGAUUCUGUGGCUGUGGACGAUCAGAAAUUCUGCUUGCAGGAGGUUCUCGACACUUUCAAGUUGUGCUUGUCGGAAAAUAAAGAAGUGUAUCUGGAACACUACGUGGCUGGGUGGCGUGGGCUCGUGAAGUUUCUGAACUGCUUGGGGAGUGUCUUCGGCUUCAUUUCCAAGGAUGCCGUCAACAAGAUCAAGAUCCUCGUCGGCUACCUGGAAGGAGAGAAUGGUUCCCAGUAUGUCACUUUCCAGUCAAUGAUGAAAUAUGAGCUGGAUAACGAACUUGUGGACCUGACCAAGAGAGGCAACCACCAAGAGUCAGGCUGCCGUACUCUCCUGAGGCUCCACCGUGCUCUGAGGUGGCUGGAGCUCUUCCUGGAGCGCCUCCGCACCAGCACCGAGGACGGCAAGACUUCAGUCAUGUGUGCGGAGGCGUACAACGAGUCCCUCGCCCAGCACCACCCUUGGAUGAUCCGCAAAGCUGCAGGCUUGGCGUUCUGCGUGCUCCCCGGGCGCGCCUCUUUCUUGGAAGUGAUGAACGUAGGCACACCCGAGCAGGUCGUGGCCAUGCUGGGGGAAGCACUGCCUCUUAUUUCAGAAGUGUACCAGAUCACUGAGGAACUUUAUGCUGAAAACAACAUGCUUGACUUACCGUAGAAGGAAAAAGGAGCUGUUACUUUUACAUUUACAUGAGUCAAUAUUUACUACGUGUCCUCGCUGGAUGGCUGGAAGGCUGGAAGGCUGGCUGCUAAUCCUGUUUGGUGGUUUAGGUGUUACUCAUUCUCUGAACACUGUUAGAUAAAGAAAAAACAAUCAUAAUUUCACUGACACUAAUCUGAUACCACUGUAUUACAAGAUUUAAGUAUAAAAAUAGUGAUAUUUAUAAUUUAUAUGAUGUUGCAUGUUUAUAUUUACUCUUUAUACUGCACCUCUGAAUGAUCUUUGUACUUUAAACACAUGAAGGGAACUACAGUGGAGCCCAUAAUUCUCUGUUCCUACUAAAAGCUGUUGUUGUUCAUUAUUUGUCAAGAAAAUUACCAAGUUAAUACGAUAUUUAGAACAAGAGCUGCAAUGAUUACGCAGUUAAUUGAUAAGCUGAUCAAAAGUAAAUUAAUUUGAUCUGAUGAAUCAUUGAUAUUAUUUCUAAAAUGAAAAAAACAAGUAUUUGAUUAUUUGCAUUCCUUAGUUUUACCUAGAACAUAUUCCAAUCUGAAUUUCAUGUUUUAGUGAAAUGCUUUAAUUCAUUGCUUUUACCUUCUACUUGAUUAUUUCAUAUUGGACCUUAUGAAAUACUGCAUUUGUUCCUUUGUCUUAAAAAAAUACAGACUAAAAGAAAACUGCCAUCUGAAAGUAUUAGAAGUGAUUUUUUUGUAACUUCGCUAGUCAUGGAAAAAGUAUUUUAAGAAGUGCCAACAGUUCUAAGUUUAUCAGACAAUCAUAGGGAGAUCUGGAAAAUGUGGAUACAAAACUGCUACAAACAAAUACUGAUCAUUGUUUCACAGUUCAAGGGUUAUACCAAAAACAUGACAUGAUAUUCUGAGGGAUACAACCUGUCAGGCAUCAUAUUUUGUAACUUAUUGAACAGCAGUUUUUAGUGGUGGACUCAGAGCUGUGGACUUCACUGACAUAGUCUCAAUGCAACCUUUCAUUUAAAGCUGCUGUGAGGAACUUUUGUUAUGUAUUGAUUCUGGCGCCCCCUUGUGGACAAAGUGAUGCCUCUUAUCUCUUGUCCUAUAAAUGCAAAAGUAGUGUUUUCAACAAAAAACUCAUCCUGUUGUCUUUUGAUAGUCAACUUUAUCAGGCAAUGUGAUUAUUUUCCAUGAAAACAGUCAAAUAAAGGCUGUUUCUGAAGCGAGAUAUCCAUCAUCUGGUCUGAAACCUACCCCCUCAGGAUGGUUUCAGGCACUCAAACUGACAACAGAGAAGGUGUUAGUGUUGUUGCUGAUGGUCUUGUUUGCUAUUGAAGGUCAUAAAGAGGCAUCGGUAUCAUUUUCAGUCUGUUUCUCAGACAGUUGAAAACUCCUCACAGGGCCUUUAAAGUAUAUAUGACAUGAAUGUACUGUACUGUAUAAGCUCUGUACUAUGUACACUAUAUUAUCAUUACAAUUUAUAAGUUUAAUAAAACAAAUCCCACAUGGUU